AUGCAGUACCCUCUGCAGCAGCUGCAGCAGCCGCCGUACCAGUUCGGGCCCUCUCCUGAUGCUGCUGAUGCUGCAGCAUCAAUGGGCAUGGGGGCCCCUGGCGUGGGGGGCCCCCCCAGCACACUGGACUAUCAGCAGCAGCAGCAGCAGCAGCAGCAGCAGCAGCAGCCGCAGCAGCAGCAGCUGGCGCUCCCCUUCGACUCCAGCUUCAUUUCUGCGGGGGCCCCCCUAGGGGCCCCCCUUUCUGCGGACCCUUUUGGGUCUUCGUACCCUGCAGCAGCCCCUGAGGGGGCCCCCCCCAUGGGGCCCCCUUCCGUUAUAGGGGGGCCCCCAAUGGGGGCCCCCUCGAUGGGGGCCCCCCCCAUGGGGGCCCCCCCCAUGGGGGCCCCCCUGGGGGGCCCCCUGGGGGCCCCAGACAUGCCCUCAGCUGCUGCUGCUCCUCCCGUUUUGUCGGAUGCUGAAGUCCAGCUUUAUGGGCAGCUUUGGCAGGAGGCCCUGGGUACAGGAGACCCGCUGGGGGGCCCCCUGGGGGGCCCCCUGGGGGGCCCCCAAGAGGAAUACCUGGACGGCGCUGCUGCUGCUGCUUUCCUAGAGCGCAGCGGCUUGCCCCAGGAGACGCUGCAUGCAAUUUGGGGCUUGGCAGACACAGCCAACGAGGGCAGGCUGGACGCCGUCGCCUUUGCCAGGGCCUGCCGCCUCGUCGCCUACGCGCAGCAAAACCUCCCUAUACACCAGGCCUGCGCGCCUGACGCUGCACCUCCACCUGCGCUGCCAAACUUCAGCGUCGCCUCUUCCUGGAGGUCUGGCGGCCCUCCCAGCCGUAAGAUUACCUUAGCAGCAGCAGCAGCAGCAGCAGCAGCAGCAGCAAUAGCAGCAGCAGCAGCACCAGCAACUGGGAAAGCAAUGCCAGCUGCAGCAGCGGCAAUGGCAACAGCAGGAGAAGCAGUAGCAACAACAACAGCAGCAGCAGCAGAAGCAGUUGCAAGAGCACUAGCAGCAGCAAUAAGAACGACAGUAUUGUUCAGAAGCAGCAGCAGCAGCAGCAACAAUAGCAGCAGGAAUGGCUGCAGUAGCAAUAGCAGCAACAGCAGCAAUAGCAGGAGCAGCAGGACCAGCAGCAAUCGAAGCAGCAGUAUCAGUAGCAGUCGCAGCAGCAACAAAAUUGGCCAACUGUGGCAGCAACAGCAGCAACAACGCGGGCAGCAGCAGCAGCAACAGCAGCAGCAGCAGGGUCUGUUUGUGUCCGCAAAAGGAGCAGCAGAAGAAGCUGCAGCAGCAGCAGGCGCUGCAGCAGCAGCAGCGCGAGGCGCAGAAGCAUGGCGUGCGCACUUGUCCUACGCUCCCAGCGCCGAAGAGCUGCAGCAAUACUUGGCCCUUUUUGCUGCUAAUGACCCCCAGGGGGGGGCCGGGCUGCUGGGGGGCACAGAGCUGCGGCCGCUGCUUGCUGCUUCGGGGCUUCCUGCUGCUGAUCUUGCUGCAGCAUGGGCAGCAGCAGAUGCUGACGGCGACGGCUGCCUCUCUUGCUUCGAGUUUGCUGCAGCAAUGUCUUUAGCAGCAAAACGCAGACAGGGGGCCCCCAUUCCUUUGCUGCUGCCGCCGGAGCUGCAGCCUCAAGCGCUGCAGCAGCAGCACAGGAGGCUGCAGCAGCAGCAGCAGCAACAGCAGCAGCAGCAAGUGCAGCAGCAGCAGCAGCAGCAGGCGCAGCCGGAUUGGGGCGCAGGGUUUGACGCCUUCGGAGAUACCACGGAUGCCAGCGGAGGGCCUGCAGCAGCAGCAGAAGCAGCAGCAGCAGCAGAAGCAGCAGCAGCAGCAGAAGAUAGCCCCGAAGCAAACAAAGACAGCAGCAAACGGAAGCCCCGCAGCACGUCUCCCCGCAGCAGCAGCAGCAAAUCCAAAAGCAAGGCCAGGGCCCACAGCAGCAGCGACGACGAGGCAGCAGCAGAGGGCCAGCGGGGCGCUCGCAGCAGCAGCAGCAAACGGAAGGAGCAGCGGAAGCAGCAGCGGCAGCAGCAGCAGGAGGCGCAGCAGCAGCAGCAGCAGCAGCAGGAUGAAGAAGACGCGGAACUCAACGCGUCCUGGGGCAGAGACAAAGACUGGGAGUCCUCUGGCGACGAAUUUGGAGAGCAGCAGCAGCAGCAGCAGCAGCAGCAGCAGCAGCAGCAGCUGCUGCAGCAGCAGCUCGAGCAGCACCUCGGCCAGCAGCAGCUAAGGUCCCGCAGCUACGAAUACCCAGACGAAGAUGACCAGUUCUCUCUAGACAUAUCCACCCCACUGCAGCAGCAGCAGCGGCGCCGCAAGCAGCAGCAGCAGCAGCAGCAGCAGCAGCAGCAGCAGCAAGGCAGGAAUGGCCUGCAUGAAGGGGGAAGGGAAACAGCAGACUCAGCAGUGGCGCUGCUGGAGAGUGUCGUUGAGUGCGACAAGCGUCUGGCGACGCUGAUGGGGGUGGAGGUGGACCUUGCUGCUGACGAGCUGCUGCAGCUGCGCUCAGUUGCUGCUGCACUGCAGCGGCAGCUAAUAACGGAGAAGCAGCAGCUAGCAGCAGCAAUUGACAGAAGAAAGGAAUUCGAAGCUUUGCUGCAGCGCGAGCGGAUCCGGCUGGAAAAGCUGCAGGAGGCGAGGAGAUCGCUCGAAAUGGAACGCAUUGGGGCCCACAGAGACAUUCAACAUUAUCAAGAAGAGCUGCUGUUUUUGAAGCAGCAAGUAGCAGCAGCAGAAGCAGACCUGCGCUCCCUUGCAGACGCAGCAGACGCCACGCGCAUGCAGCAGCAGCAGCAGCAGCAGCAGCUCGAAGCACUCGACUCCGAAAGAAGGAUAGCAGUGGAGACACUUAAAUCUGAGAAAGAUCUUCUCGCCAAGGAGGAGAGAGAAAUCGAGGAAAUGAAACUGCUGCUGCAGCGCCUACGGCGCGAGAAGACAGAUGGGCAGUCGCAGCACGCAGUGCUGCAGGAGAAGCUUCGGCAGACCGAGCACGACGUGGUGCUGCAGCGCGCAGCUCUGGACUCGGCGCACACGGAAGCAAUUUCGACGCUGCAGCAAAGAGUGCAGCAGCAGCAGCAGAAGCAAAAGCUGCUUUCAGAGUUGAAUCAGCACACCCAGGAGACAUGGGCAGCGCAGCGCAUGCGCGCUUUAGAGGGGCCCCACGGGCCUGGGGGCCCCCGUGGGCUGACGUCUGCUGCUGCUGUUGCUUCUGCUCCUGCUGUUGUUGUUGCUGCUGCUGCUGCUGGCUGGAUUGCUGCUGCUGAUGCGGACGGUGCUUUCUAUUUUGCCCGAGCUGCAGAUCGGGCUGCUGCUGCUGCUGCUGCUGCUGCUUGA